GUCUGCUAAUUAAUAUGGUCGAGCUGUAAAUGAAUGUUAAAGUAUACUCACAGGCAGCGAGAAGACGGCCUUUCGAUGCUGAUGGCAUCGUUCAGCGACAAGCAGGGACUCCAGCGACCUACCGAGGAUUUUAUUUUAGUCGCUUUUGUAUAAGAAAACAAAACAAAUGGAAGAGACCAGCGACAAAGGUGUCACGGCCAUCGAAGAAUGUGUGCACAUUUCGAGCUGCUCCGCUUGACAGCUCUUCUCCUCCGGACGCGAGGACUAGCGGGCGUUGCAGUAUCUACCAUCGCGCAAUGGGUGCAGUCGACGGAUCUAAUCAACAGUCUUGGCAACCUUAGUGGCCUCCCUUCAGGAUGGCACCUCUUCUCCACUGCCGCAAGCAUCAGAUGCUACGAUCAGGCAUUUCGUGGAAAUGUCUGUGCAAGAGUAUGGGUGCUUUAGGCACGGGUGGUGCAAAUUGGGUUUCAGAAAACACUUGUCACAGGUGGUACACCGUCGACGUAGAAUGUUUGAGGGAAGGUGAUCAGAUAGCUAGCCAAGGAGAAGAGCGUAGCUGCAGCGUUCCAAGUACGAACGGUAGGGUCGUGGAUGGGACAGGUGAAAAUGUUCGUGCACUUACUGUGGACAGCUUUGAUUCCUGUACAGAACCUAGUAAAAAUAAAAACCACGAAGGUUUGGUUAGAAAGGCUAGUUUAGGCUCUUUGACUAGUGGAGGCUUCUCUUGUCUCCAGCAAGAACAGAUUUUCAGAUCUCAACCUCUCCGGAGAACUCUAAGUGGAUAUCAUACUAUCCAAAAGUCCGUGGAGUCAAAUGUGGAUGGUACUUCUUCACAGGGUUCUGGGUUUAAGGCUGAAGGUGCCAUGAGCCAGAUGCAAGAGGGUUUGACAGUUGCAGAUGAGUCGGCUACUUUCGGUCUGACUGUGAAGAGCAUAAAUGACAUCAUCAGUAGCCCUGGAUGGGAGGAAGCCUUAGAGAAGAUGGAUGUGCAGUUUUCGACUCUCACUGUCUCUGAAAUCAUGAGGCGACAACCAAAUGUCAACAGGACGUUCGAGUUCUUCAAGUGGGUCAAAGAAAAGAAGGGUUUCCAACAUACUGCUCGGACAUAUAAGAUAAUGCUUCACAGGCUGAUGAGUUUUCGAGAUUUCAAGAGGAAAAACUUAGAAACUGUUAGGAACGUCAUCCAUCAGUCCUUAGAAGAUGGCUUCAGUCCUGGAGUUACCAUCCACACGUUUCUGAUCGAUGGAUAUUGCCAAGUUGGAAAUUUGGAUGAAGCCCAGACGCAUCUCAACCUCAUGGAAAUGAACGGAUGUCUGCCUAACGUCGUCACCUACUCUGCGUUGAUCAAUGGUUUUGUCAGGGUUGGAAGGAUUGACGACGCCCUGAAAGUUUUUGAUGAGAUGGAAGCUAAAAACUGUGAAGCAAAUGUAGUCACAUAUAGUGCUCUUAUUCAUGGGCUUGUAAAGGAUACCAGGCGGUUGCCAGAAGCCUGGACGCUUUUUGAGAAAAUGAAAAUGAAGGGCUGUGCCCCUAAUUUGAUUACUUAUAGUUGUCUCGUUCAUGGCCUUGUCAAGGCGGGCCACUUUGAAGAGGUUAAUACCCUAUUAGCUGAAAUGCGAGAGUCUGGUUGCACUCCGAAUCUCUUCAUUUACGCUACUCUUAUCAAUUACUUUGUUAAAGUGGGAAAGUUAGGCCGGGCAUGGCAACUCUUCGGUAGGAUGAAGGAAGACGGUUUGGUGCCAAAUUUGUUCGUAUUCACGCCUAUUAUCUCAAGCUUGGGGAAGGCAGGCGAGUGGGAAUCGGCGCAGGUUCUUCUAGAAGAAAUGAGAGCAUGUGGGUGUCAUCCAGACAUGGUCGCCUAUAGUGCUCUCAUUGCUGGACUAGUCAAGGCAGGAAGAUGGCAAGAGGGCUGCAAGGUUCUUGAGGAAAUGCAGAGGUAUGGUUGUGUUCCGACGGAGAGGACGUACUCUCCUCUUAUUGAGGGACUUGUUAAAGUUGGUGAAGUAUCCAAGGCCGAAGAACUUUUUGAGGAGAUGAUAGCCAAGGGCUGCCAACCCACUUCUGUCAUUCGACAAGCUCUCAGCAAGAGUACCCUGUCCCUCAACCAACCGAAGAAUGACAUUAUUAGUCGAUAACAGAGAUCUACCGCUGGAUGGACGAAGUGUAGUGCAUCCAGAGCUGCCCGUGGUGUUAGGACGCCUUGAGCUUGAAGGAACAUAUGAUAUUGGCUGCAUCCAGUAGACCUUAGACGACAAGGGAACAAUUAUUUCAAACAGAGGUCAUUGAUGGCAUGGAGAUUUUUUGAGAAGUGUAAGAGGGGUUUGACAAAUAAGCAUGUUGCAUACAGCCCCUUUACCACCUCUGAAGGAGGGUCGAUCGUGGAGUUGGAGGCCGAGUCUAUCUUGAGCUGAUGGUUCCACCUGUGAAGACAGUUAUUCUAGCUGGAUGCGGUGAUUUCAGUUUGAACUUUUUGGCAGGAUUAUGCCUAGCAUGAGGUGGAACUUAUAUGACAGACUUUGCCUCACAGAUAUCAGAUGGUACUAUGUUUGUUCGGAGCAUCGGAUAGGUGCUAAAACCCAUUGUCUGACAAGCGUUGGGCAUUCCGAGUUCCACCACUUAACUACUGGAGGCAGCGGUUGCUGCAGUUGGACUUUUGUACAGCCAGAUGUUAUGUGUUUAAACCUUGUGACAUACUAUGAGGUAACCAUUACAACUAGAAUCUGAUCAUAACAUGUGUAGUCCAAUUUAUUGAAGGUUGAGGUCAUGCUAUUUAUUGCUUUUCGUCUCGCCUAGUUUCAGUUUAUCGCUUUCGAAAAGUGGUCAAGUUUUGCAUAGUUUGUGAAAUGUUCUUCCCGUGUUGCCUUCGUGUGGCAUGACUUGGUGUGAAUGCGAUGUUUAACAACAAGCGCAUCAAAUCCAAAUUUUUGUGCCGAUUCCCAACAAAUCCUCGUUUUCCUCUGGCUCAGGAUGGGGACUCUAGCUAUGCCGAUUGUGUAUGCAAAGUGAUUGUUGUCAAACCCCGUUAU